AUGGCUGGUAAAGUGCCAGCUGUAGGCAUAGAUUUGGGUACAACGUACUCUUGCGUUGGGGUGUUCCAGCAUGGUAAAGUUGAAAUUAUAGCAAAUGAUCAAGGGAACCGAAUCACGCCGUCUUACGUCGCUUUCACUGAAACUGAAAGGUUUAUUGGUGAUGCUGCAAAGAAUCAGAUAGCCAUGAACCCGAAUAAUACUGUGUUCGAUGCAAAACGACUGAUUGGCCGUAAAUUUGAUGAUCCGACCGUUCAACAAGACUUAAAACAUUGGCCGUUUGAAGUUAUUUCUGACGGUGGCAAACCAAAAAUAGUCGUUGAAUAUAAAAAAGAAAAGAAAAAGUUUUCUGCGGAAGAAAUAUCUUCGAUGGUUUUGACGAAGAUGAAAGAUAUUGCAUCAACAUAUCUCGGCGGAGCUGUCAAAAGCGCAGUGAUUACUGUGCCUGCUUAUUUCAAUGACUCUCAACGCCAAGCCACUAAAGACGCCGGUAUUAUAGCUGGUAUAAAUGUUCUCAGAAUUAUAAACGAGCCAACAGCAGCCGCGCUCGCUUACGGCCUAGACAAAAACCUUAAAGGCGAAAAGGAUGUACUAAUAUUCGAUCUUGGUGGAGGAACAUUCGAUGUGUCUAUUUUACAAAUUUCUGAAGGAUCCCUUUUCGAAGUGAGAUCAACCGCUGGGGACACACAUUUAGGCGGAGAAGAUUUCGAUAACCGAAUGGUUGAUCAUUUUAGUGCUGAAUUUGAUCGCAAAUACAAGAAGAAUAUAAAAGAAAAUCCCAAAGCUGUUAGGCGUUUGAGAACAGCAUGCGAAAGAGCAAAAAGAACACUAUCGUCUAGUACUGAAGCGAGUAUAGAAGUAGAUGCUCUUCAUGAGGGCAUCGAUUUUUAUUCAAAAAUAUCCAGGGCGCGAUUUGAAGAACUGUGUUCAGAUUUAUUCAAACAAACAUUAGGACCUGUUGAGAGAGCACUUAAAGAUGCAGGACUACACACUAGAGAGAUCCACGAUGUAGUCAUGGUUGGAGGUUCCACUCGAAUACCCAAGAUACAAAGAUUAUUACAGGACUUUUUCGGUGGAAAGACCUUAAAUCUAUCAAUUAAUCCUGACGAAGCAGUAGCUUAUGGAGCAGCAGUUCAAGCAGCUAUUCUUACUGGAUCGAAAGACGAGCGUCUUCAGGAAGUAUUAUUAGUGGACGUUACACCAUUAUCUUUAGGCAUAGAGACCGCUGGAGGGGUGAUGACAAAAUUGGUUGAGAGAAAUACUAGGAUACCUAUAGCUCAGAAAAAGACAUUCUCGACCUAUGCUGAUAACCAACCGGCAGUAACGAUACAGGUGUAUGAAGGAGAAAGAGUCAUGACUCGCGAUAACAACUUAUUAGGAACAUUCAACCUUACUGGUAUACCGCCAGCACCUAGAGGAGUACCACAAAUUGAAGUUACAUUUGACAUUGACGCAAAUGGAAUCCUGAAUGUAAGCGCCGAAGACCGAAGCACCGGUCGCUCUGAACGCAUCACCAUUUCCAAUGACAAGGGGCGGCUCAACAAAACCGAUAUCGAGAAAAUGCUGCACGAUGCUGAAAAGUAUAAAGAGGAAGACGAAGCAAUAAGGAACCGAGUGGAAAUUCGUAAUCAACUUGAAAGCUAUCUCUUCGGAUGUAAGGCUGCAGUCGAAACCGCUGGAAAUCGUUUAACCGACAGCGAAAAAAGCGAAGUUAUGACGGAAUGUUCAAACCAACUGCAAUGGCUUGAAAGUCAUCCUGAUGCAUCAACUACAGAGUUACAAGAGCAAUUGAAGAAAGCGCAGGCUGUUUGCCAAUCGUCAAUGAUGAAGCUACAUGGUGUGGUGGGAGGACCUAGCUGCGCCAGGUCUGCGAGGUCUGCGGGACCUAGAGUCGAAGAGAUUGAUUAGAA